AUGCCGGCUGCCACUUUUCGUGUCUAUCAAGACAAUGCUCCAAAGUUCAAGCACAACGACGAGCUGACGAGGUCAUUCCAGCCCCAGUACGGGGCGGUGCGGGAGGUUUCGAGUUACGACUCGAUGAUGGUGCGAGCCACGGAUGGUCGGAGCACGGCUCACUCGGCGGCCGGUACCGCUGGCGGUGCCGGAUAUGCCAGGUAUGCCGGGGGUGCCGGAGAGGUUCAGUGGAGCUUCUAUGCCCGGCAUGCCGGAUAUGCCGGAUAUGCCGGGGGUGCCGGAGAGGUUCAGUGGAGCUUCUAUGCCCGGCAUGCCGGAUAUGCCGGAUAUGCCGCGGGUGCCGGAGAGGUUCAGUGGAGCUUCUAUGCCCGGCAUGCCGGAUAUGCCGGAUAUGCCGGGGGUGCCGGAGAGGUUCAGUGGAGCUUCUAUGCCCGGCAAGCCGGAUAUGCCGGAUAUGCCGGGGGUGCCGGAGAGGUUCAGUGGAGCCUCUAUGCCCGGCAUGCCGGAUAUGCCGGAUAUGCCGGGGGUGCCGGAGAGGUUCAAUGGAGCUUCUAUGCCCGGUAUGCCGGAUAUGCCGGAUGUGCCGGGCAUGCCAUGCGUUCCGUCACCAAAACCGGUGCCGGUGCCGGG